AUGCCACUCUCUCCCAAGGUAUACACUUGGCUAUGCGGGUUCUUCGCUGCGUUAGGAUCGGUGACGUUUGGGUACGACUUAGGUAUCAUCGCAACUGUCGAGUCAAGCUCCAACUUCUUGGAAAUAACCGGUAACCCAUCGGAGACGCAGCAGGGGUUGAUUACCGGAUGUCUUCUCUUGGGCGCAUUUGCAUCUAAUAUCUACGUAGGAUCGCUCGCCGAUCAUUUUGGUCGGCGAAUGACGAUCUUAUUCGGAUGUGUUGUGUUCCUUAUCGGCGGAGCUAUCCAGACGUCUGCGCAGAACAUAGGCUACAUGUAUGGAGGUCGUUUUCUGGCUGGCAUGGGGAUCGGGAUGUUGGCCAUGCUAGCACCGCUCUAUCAAGCAGAGAUUGCACAUCCCAGUAUCAGAGGUCGUCUUACAACGCUGCAGCAAUUUAUGCUCGGCAUUGGUGCGCUGAUUGCGUCAUUCAUUGGCUAUGGUUGCUACCACGGUCUGACCGGACAGGCGCAGUGGAGAGUGCCUCUAGGUAUUCAGCUCCUUCCCGCCGUUCCUCUCGCGUUCUUCAUCCUAUUGCUUCCCGAGAGUCCUCGAUACCUGGCAAUGAAGGGUCGCGAGUACGAAGCACUGCUCGUUCUUGGUCGCUUGCAUGCUCACGGAGAUAUUACCGAUCCUUUCGUCGUUAAUGAGCAUCGUGAGAUUCUUGAGCAGGUGCGCCUGGAACGCGAGGAGACUCGUAAUGCUUGGUCGCAGCUAUUUUUCAUCAAGAGUAACCUGCGUCGCCUGAUUCUCGGCGUUGCAAUCCAAUUCAGCAUUCAGAUGACAGGCGUCAGCGUGAUCCAGUACUAUGCGCCGAAGAUUUUCGCUAGCAUUGGUAUCGACACAUCGACCACGCUUGGCCUACAGUCUGGGAGCUCUGUCAUUGCGCUUAUUGGGGAGGCGCUGUGCAUCUGGUAUAUCGAUCGUUUCGGUCGUAGAAACGUCUUCGUCUGGGGAAAUGCUAUCUCCGGGCUGACGUUUGUCGUUGGCACCAUCAUCAUAGCCCUCUUCCCUGCGGGAUCCAAUAAUGCGAAUGCGAGCAGAGCAUUUGUGGCGAUGACUUGGCUGUUUAAUCUGGUUUUCUCUGCUUGCUGUGGACCGCUUUCGUGGGCUAUCCCUGUCGAGAUGUUCAAUAGCGCAACCCGUGCAAAAGCAACUGCAAUUACCUCCUCUGCGGCAUGGAUAUCAAAUUUCAUGAUCGCACAAGUCAGCCCUCCCGCCUUCGAGACUGUUGGCUGGCGCUUCUAUCUUACCUUUGCCAUUUGUGGAUUUACUAAUGCGUUAUUCUUCUGGGCAUUCCUGCCUGAAACGAAGGGUAUCCCUCUUGAGGAACUGGAUAGCUACUUUGAACAGGUACCGAUAUUCGUUCCCGGGUCGAAAAUACAAAUCGUGGACGCUAGCGCACGCGAGGAAGAUUUGCGUCAAGGUAAGCCGCAGCUAGGCGGAGACUUCACAGAUAAGAUGGAUUCGGAAAAGGAAGAGAUCGAACAAGUACCCUGA